ACUCUCUGUCCUGGGCUUGGAGCUCUCAGGCACCUUGGGAUGGCGUUCCCGGCCAGGGUGUACCCUUGUGUUAUCCCAGAGAAUGAAGAAAUCCCCCAGGCAGUCCUUAACAGUGUCCACCAGGCUAAUGGCAAUGAAGACGAGCGGGCUGUGUCCAAAUUACAGCGCAGGCACAGUGACGUAAAGGUCUACAAGGAGUUUUGUGACUUUUAUGCAAAAUUCAACAUGGCCAAUGCUCUGGCCAACGCCACCUGUGAGCGCUGCAAGGGGGGCUUUGCACCCGCCGAGAAGAUAGUAAACAGUAACGGGGAGCUGUACCAUGAGCAGUGCUUCGUGUGUGCUCAGUGCUUCCAGCAGUUUCCAGAGGGACUCUUUUAUGAGUUUGAAGGAAGGAAGUAUUGUGAACAUGACUUUCAGAUGCUCUUUGCUCCUUGCUGUCAUCAGUGUGGUGAAUUCAUCAUUGGCCGAGUGAUCAAAGCCAUGAAUAACAGCUGGCAUCCUGAGUGCUUCCGCUGUGACCUCUGCCAGGAAGUGCUGGCAGAUAUUGGGUUUGUCAAGAAUGCUGGGAGACAUCUGUGUCGCCCCUGUCAUAAUCGUGAGAAAGCCAGAGGCCUUGGAAAAUACAUCUGCCAGAAAUGCCAUGCCAUCAUUGAUGAGCAGCCGCUGAUAUUCAAGAAUGACCCAUACCAUCCAGACCAUUUCAACUGUGCCAAUUGCGGGAAGGAGCUGACAGCUGAUGCCCGGGAGCUGAAGGGAGAACUGUACUGCCUGCCGUGCCAUGAUAAAAUGGGAGUCCCCAUCUGUGGCGCUUGUCGACGGCCCAUUGAAGGGCGUGUGGUGAAUGCCAUGGGCAAGCAGUGGCAUGUGGAGCAUUUUGUUUGUGCCAAGUGUGAAAAGCCAUUUCUUGGACAUCGCCAUUAUGAAAGGAAGGGCCUGGCCUAUUGCGAAACCCACUAUAACCAGCUAUUUGGUGAUGUUUGUUUCCACUGCAACCGUGUUAUAGAGGGUGAUGUGGUCUCUGCUCUGAAUAAGGCCUGGUGUGUCAACUGUUUUGCCUGCUCGACCUGCAACACUAAAUUAACACUCAAGAAUAAAUUUGUGGAGUUUGACAUGAAGCCCGUCUGUAAGAAGUGCUAUGAGAAAUUUCCAUUGGAGCUGAAGAAAAGACUUAAGAAACUGGCUGAGACCUUAGGAAGGAAAUAACUUCCUUUAUUUUUUUUCUCUCUUCUAUGCAAAUAAAAGAGAUAACCAACAUUACUUGACUUGAUCCACCCUAUUUAAAGCUGUAUCUCAAAAUAGUUGAGAGUAAAGAGGGCCUGUAUGAAUGAGUUUCUUCAUUUCCUUCUCAUUAAAAAAGAAAAAAACCGGGAUCACUGGGUGGCGCAGCGGUUUGGCGCCUGCCUUUGGCCCAGGGCGCGAUCCUGGAGACCCGGGAUCGAAUCCCACAUCGGGCUUCCGGUGCAUGGAGCCUGCUUCUCCCUCUGCCUGUGUCUCUGCCUCUCUCUCUCUCUCUGUGACUAUCAUAAGUAAAUAAAUUUAAAAAAAAAAAAAAAAAAAAAAAAAAAAAGAAAAAAACCUUGUGUAAUCAUAUUUAAAACACAGAUGAAAUCAUGAUUUGCUUUUGUUAAUAACCCUUAUCAACUUGUCAAAAUGUAGACUGUAUUUAACAACAGACAACACAUGGUUUAGAUGUUAGAUUUUAAUUAAGGUCCAAAAAAAAUUAGUUUAACUUUUAAAAAUGAAAGUAGGGAGUCAGCUUUCACAUGACUCAGAUUAAAAAAAAAAAAAAAGGAAACAUUGUUUUACUUUGUGUUCAAAAGAUAAAUAAUUCAAACUGCUGCUAGGAAGGACAUAAGGAAGAAAAAUAACCAGCCAAGGAAAAGAACUCUUGUAGAAUCCAAGUAUGUUUACCAAACUAGUAGCUAUGAGUACAUACAAUACUAAGACAAGAAACAAGUGUAUUCAGAACUACUUGAUUUCUUUUUUUUGUUGUUGUUAAAUGCAAUAAUUAUGCUUGGUUUUAUAAUUUGUUCUCCUUGUGAAGUUCUUCCUUCCUACAGUUAUUUAACACAGUAGUUAUAGCUAGCUAAUAGUAUGCCUUUCUAAAUUUUGUGCAAAAAAAAUUUAUACUAGGCAUUUGAAAAUUCAGUAUACUUUAUGAUAUUGGAAGAAAUGAAGUAUUUUUUAACAUAUUAUAGUUAGUAUGCUUCUAAGCUUAAGGUCAAAGAUGUAGGUCUUAGAAUAGGACACAAAAUUAAAUUUUAUGUAGCUUGGAAUGUAUCACUUAAAAACAAGUGAAUGUAUAUGUAUUGGUCUUACUGCCUUUAUAACCAUGCUAAUGUCUAUGCUUUAUAUGUAAUCAAACUUGCCUUGUCUUAGAAAAACACAUAGGUUUAUUCAGGAAUUCUAGCUAUUUCAUGCAAUACCAAAAAUAAGUGCAUUGACUGAGAUUUGUAAACCCAAAAUCCUCUACCACAGCUAUGGUGAUACUUGAUUUUUUAUUUUCCCUCCUUUUUUGCGGGAGAUAAUUAAUUUUUGUCAUCUUGUCAAAAGGGAAUGAUACGGAUAGAUGUUUCAAGUUUUUCAUUUCAAAUCUUGUAAUUGGAUUUUAUUUACUAUAAGGAGGAGGUUAAAAUGACACUUUUAAAUUGGAAGGGAGAUGUUUAAAUGUCAAUUUUAGGUCAAAAGUAGUAGAUUAUUCUACUUUUUAAAAAGUGUUUUUAUUUUAUCUUGAAGUUUCUGGCCAUUCUUUCUUGAUAAACUUGUAUGCAAACCAAAUUUUGUGAAUAUUUGUUAAAUGUUGCUGCUGCUGUGUUACCAUUUAAAAAAAAGUUCCCAACAUAGACUUUUUAAGGAAGAAAUUAUUGGUUUCUAAAAAAAUUGCUGAAAUGUCAUUUUGCCAUUAAAAAAAAAAAACUCAGGAUGUACCACUCUGCCAUUAAAAUAUUUGUAUGCAUGUAUGUUUUUAAAAGUUUGUGCAUGCACUUUACAGAGUAAAUUCUAUUUCGGUUUUCUGAUAAUUUAUAACCUAUUACUUUUUAGUGUUCUUUUAGAAUUCAAAGAAUUAUCAGCGAUUGAAAAGAAUCAAUAUAUAGUUUAAGACUGUAUGUACUCAGAAGUUUAAAACAGUCUUUGCAUUUGACAGUAAGAAUCCAAAUCGCUUCAGUGUGCCUUUGUCAGCUAAUACAUGACCAGCCAGGAAAACUUUGAAAGUAUUUAUUAAAUACUCUGGAUAUAGACAAAAUAGUGCAGGCUUUACAAUUUGGGGUCUUGAUGCUAAAUUGUCAAAUACCCCUAACACCAGAAAUAAGGAACAGUAAAAUAACCACUUACCCAUAUUCUCAACCGGUUUGAAGAUGCCUGAACUGAGCUCAGCUGCUUUGUUUAUGUAUCUUAUGUAGCCAGGCCUCUCCUGCAGCCCUGCUGCUGUCUGCUCAUUCUUCUUUUAAAAUACAAGUUAAUAUCUCCUGGAAGUUUGAUGUGGUAAGCCUCUGCUACUUCAGGAUAUUUUGUCUAGAUACAGUACUUUCUUCCCUGAUAGGUGAAUCAUUGCAGCCCUGGGAAAGGAGGAGGAAGUCGAAAGGUUGUGGAAUAGAAGAUGAGCUUGGUUGAGCUCAUAAUAUUUUUUGUAGAGUUUUUCCUGGCUGUGGAAAAACUCAGGCUGGUAAGCAUUUCUCUGUUUAAAGUCCUACAAGGCAAUUUGAAAUAAUUCAUUCUUCUUACCCAACUUCUAAGUGCUCUUUUUCUCACCAAGCCUAAUAUAAUUGAGGGAAAUGUCAGGGUGCUGGCUUAAGGCUGCACACUGACAUCUGGAUCAUGUUCAAAGCCUUAUUAACAUUGUACCUAAAAUGAUAGGCCACUUUGCCUCACUUACUUGCCAAAAUAGCCAUUUCUAAGUUAAGGAAAUUUUGAGGUAGUCUUAACAGCAUUCUUGUAUUUCAUUUUAGAUUGUAAGCUCGAUGGCAGGGACACUAUAUUGUUAAAUAAGCUUUUAUAUAGCAACCAUUGCAGUAUACUCUUGGUGCUUAAUAAAUGCUCAUGAUUAUUAAGAAUAA